UGAGGCUCAUUUCGUCAAGAUGGCUGCCGCGAUCAAAGCCCUCAAUGCGAAGAUACGCUCAAACAAGUACACAGAUUACUUCUGCUCGACUCGUACGUUUUUACACGGACAAUUGCGAAGCAUGCUUGGAGAGGCUGGCUUUCGGAGGAGGUGGACAAAGAAGCAGAGGAUUAGAAAAAGGAAAUAUAAAGUAUACCGGCUGAUGAGUGUACAGAUUUCUGGGGUCCGGCGAGUAACUUUGGUAUCCCGAUCGCGGCGAUUGCGGACAUGAGCAAAGAUCCUGAGAUGUACGUUCGGCAUUGCCUCCACUCGCACGCACACUUUCCUCCCCUUUCACACACAUGCAUACGCGCAUACAUCAUCCGUCCCGAUAAUGUCCCAAUUGCAUGCUGAUCGUUUCCGUACAGUAUCUCCGGCCGUAUGACCGGCGCCCUCACGCUCUACUCCGGCACCUUUAUGCGCUACGCCUUCGCUGUCACGCCCA